UCGAGAUGCAGUUCGAGUUGUUGGUCCAAGUUAUUCUACGUUGUGUUCUUCCAACAAAAGCACACGGAGCCGGAUGUAAGUAUAAUUGAGGCUCCGUCCCGGCCCCACCCCGUUCCCGCACUGCACUAUGUAUCCAUAUCGGUGUCGAUAUCUGGUUCGGUGUCCGGUGGUCAGAUCUGAUCCGCGGAUGUCCACCGCCGGAGGCGCCCGAUGGAUGACCUUGAUCAUGCGCUCCUCAUCCAGCCACCCAACAUCGGCACAAGUGCCCGAUUAAAGCAGACAAAGUUGUCGAUCCCGGUCCCGACUCGAUGCCCGGAGUCUUGGCACUUUGUGAUGUUGGAAUCGGGGCGGGGGCCGCCGGGGGUCGCCGGGGUUUGGUCGGUGUCAGUCUUGGCGGGAUGCUGCGGCCCGAACGAGACGCCAACUGCAAGGCAAGGUGGGUGCAAGGCAGCUUUGCAUGUCUGCAGCUAACAGCCGAGUGAAACUCUAUCGCGGAAAUGUUGUUUUUUACUUUUGUGUGUUUUUCUUCGUUGUGUUAUUUGUAUGGGUGCUGUUGCCGCCGACAGUUGAAGUGGGGAUGUCAAAGACCGUCAUCACAAGACCGUCAAGAUUUUUGUCGAAGAGGUUGGUUUUUGACUUUCUGCCUGCCGCCUUCUUUCCUUUGCAAAACGUCACGAUUGUCUCGGCGGCAUACUGUAUCAUCAUUUUUCUCCUCAACCGCUACCCAUGUUGCCAUGCCGCGACAACAAGACGGCAGAUACAUACGUAGGUGGCUCAACG